GUUAAGCAUGAGACAAAUGGAGGUUGAAGCAAUCUCCAACGAGAUCAUCAAACCCUCUUUUCAAACUCCGGAAAAUCUGCGCCGUUACAAGCUGUCUUUCCUUGAUCAACUUUCGCCCAAAGCCUAUAGUCCUUUCAUUUACUACUAUGCGUUAGAUGUCAAUCAUGAGCCCAAUUAUAUUUCGGAGAUAUCAAACAAGCUUAAGAAAUCUUUGUCCCAAGCCUUGACCCUUUGCUAUCCACUCGCUGGACGAUUUAUAGACGACCAUUUCCUCGACUGCAAUGACGAUGGAGUUCACUACUUUGAAGCUCGAGUGAAGACCAAACUUUCCAGCGUUCUCGAGAAUCCAGUCCCAUGUGAACUCAACAAGCUUCUUCCAUUCGAACUCGACGAAAUAGCUGAAUUUCCCCUCGGCGUCCAACUCAACGUCUUCGAAUGUGGAGGAAUCGCCGUUGGCCUUUGCUUUUCCCACAGGCUUGAGGACGCUUUGUCAUCUCUAAUGUUCGUCCGAAGUUGGGUGGCCAUUGCUCGCGGAGAGAAUGACGUUGUCAUGCAACCUGAAUUUAUCUCAGGAGAUCUUUUCCCGACGAGGAAUAUGCGCGGGUAUGAUCCUUCAUUCUCCAUCAAAAAGAAUAUGUGCACUACAAACAUAACAAAGAGGUUCGUGUUCGAUGCUCGUAAGAUUGAGGCUCUUAGGGCAAAGUACGGGGAAAGAAAAAGUGAGGAAGGAAUAAUAAACAAUCAAAACGUCCGAAAUCGGCGCCUUUCACGCAUUGCGGUCGUGUCCACUUUCCUGUGGAACCGUUACAUGGCUGCAACAAAGUCACUUGAGCCCGAAGCUGGAAAAAACUACGUCAUUCUUCACCCGGUGAACAUUCGUGCAAGAUGUGAUCCGCCAUUGGGAGAGCAUUCUUUCGGAAACUAUUACACUACUUCCGCAAUAAUCGGAAGCAUUGAUAGUAUUUGUACCGGUGACGAGUACUGUUAUGGCCUGGCGAGGAAGAUAGGAGAAGAGAUGAGAAGGAUUAAUAAGGAAUUUGUGAAAAACAAUAUUCAAGAAAAGGGAGAUGAGUUGGUGGAGAAUGCGAAGAAAGUUUCGGUAAGACUCGUAAAAGGAGAAGUGGCUGGGCUAUACAUCUCAAGUUUGUGCAGAUUUCCUCUAUAUGAAGCCGACUUUGGAUAUGGUAAGCCCAUAUGGGUGAGUUCGGCUAAUAGAGGUGUGAUUAAUUUAGUUGCUCUCUUGGACAACAAAGCUGGCGAUGGAAUAGAGGCUUAUAUUUGCUUGAAUGCAGAUGAUAUGGCCAAACUUGAAGCUGACAAAGAGCUUCUUGCCUUUGUGUCUCCAAAUGAUGUUGCUGCCCUUGAUCACGAGAUAACCAACAUUCCUUUUCUCAAUGGAGCGUGACUCUGAAGACUAAAACAAAAAAUGUCCAUAAAACCCCGUGUGUGUUUCUAUUAAUU